GAGCAGCAGAGAACAGCGUGGAAGAGGAAUGGCAGGUGGGAAAUUACGCUCUCAUGAGGAGCUUCUUUCUUUCUCCUCCACAGUUGUACUUUGUCCAUCUUAAAAUAGCUAAUUAAGACUCAGAGAGAGAACACAUACGCUUGUACAACAGAAGUCGUCUAGGGUUCUUUAGAUCAAAAUCCCUUAAAAAUCCCCAAUUCACCACAUUCACACAAUCCUAUAAAUCAACGGCAUUGUUACCAUUCUUAUUGUCGAUCGAUUCAUUUCUAAGUUCAAUCUAAUGUGUAGAUGUACUCGAGCAAUUUGAAAGGGUUUAUACUGGCUGUGGUUUCCAGUGCCUUUAUAGGCUCCAGCUUCAUCAUCAAGAAGAAAGGUCUCAGGAAGGCCGGCGUCAACGGCCCUCGUGCUAGCGUUGGAGGAUAUGGUUAUCUGUUGGAGCCACUCUGGUGGGUGGGCAUGGUUACCAUGAUUGUUGGAGAGAUUUCCAAUUUUGUAGCCUACAUUUAUGCUCCUGCCGUUCUUGUGACGCCUCUUGGUGCUUUGAGUAUCAUUGUUAGUGCUGUAUUAGCCCAUUUCUUGUUGAAGGAGAAACUGCAAAAGAUGGGAAUGUUGGGUUGUCUUCUAUGCAUAGUGGGUUCCACGGUGAUUGUAUUACAUGCACCUGAAGAACAGUCCAUUAAUUCGGUUGAAGAAAUCUGGGAAUUAGCUAUCCAACCAGCAUUUCUUUUGUAUACAGCCUCUGUUGUAGCUGUAGCAUUUGUAUUGAUCUUGUAUUGUGCUCCCCGCUAUGGCCAGACCAACAUCAUCAUCUAUAUAGGAAUAUGCUCCAUAAUUGGAUCAUUGACGGUUAUGAGCAUAAAAGCUAUUGGUAUUGCAAUAGAACUAACAUUGGAGGGCAUAAACCAGGCGAAAUAUUUCCAGACAUGGGUUUUUGCAAUGGUUGCAAUUACCUGUAUCAUCACUCAAUUAAAUUAUCUAAACAUGGCAUUGGAUACUUUCAACACAGCAAUUGUUUCUCCAAUAUAUUAUGCCAUGUUCACAUCUUUUACAAUACUUGCUAGCGCUAUAAUGUUCAAGGAUUAUUCUGGCCAAAGUGCAAGCAGUAUAGCAUCUGAGCUUUGUGGGUUUAUCACUGUAUUAUCCGGGACUGCUGUGUUACAUAGUACGAGAGACCCUGAUCCACCUUUUGUAACAGAUACAACCAUUGAGCUUAAUACACCAGAUCAACUAGCAUCCUUGGAAUCAAUUCCUGAAGAAUGUGGGUUGGAAGGAAACAUGUCUUGAUCCAAAAUGGGAAGCGACUAUGGUAGAGGAGAUAAGAGCUUUGACAAAAAAUGAGACAUGGGAUAUUGUUUCUCUUCCAUCUGGGAAGAAACUAGUGGGAUGCAAGUGGGUGUUCACAGUUAAACGUAAUGUAGAUAGUUCUAUUGAAAGGUAUAAGGUCAGGUUAGUAGCUAAAGGCUUCACUUAGACAUAGGAAGUGGAUUAUUAUGAGACUUUCCCUUAUUACAAAAAUGAAUACCAUUAGAAUCUUGUUGUCAUGUGCAGCAAAUCUUUAGUGGGACUUACAGUAAUUUGACGUAAAGAAUGCUUUUUUGCAUGGAGACUUAGAGGAGGAAGUGUACAUGGAGAUUCCUCUUGGAUUUGAUGAUGAUAAAAUCAAAGAAAAAGUUUGUAGAUUGAAAAAGGCAUUAUAUGGUCAGAAGCAGUCACCUAGAGCAUGGUUUGAUAGAUUCAGUAAGAUCAUGAUAUCUUUCUGGGUAUUAUCAAAGCAAUGCAGAUCAUACUCUAGUUAUGAAACACCGUAGAGGUGAUAUCACAUUGCUUAUUGUUUAUGUUGAUGAUAUAAUUGUAACAGGAGAUGAUAAAGAGAAAUGUUAUGGAAAGUCAAUCACUAUAUUAUUUCUUUGUA